AAAAUUCUAGGAAUAUUCAGCUGAUUUCCAGAAUAAUUUGUUAUUUCCAUCGAAAAUAAUUCAAGUCGUUGGUUACUUUAGAUAAAAAAAAGAUUUAAAAGAAUAUCAAGAUUGAUUUUACACGAGGUAGAAUGAGCAGCGCCUCGAUGGCGGCCUGCUUCAACUACGACAACAACAACGCUCCAACCAACAACAAGGCUGACAAGUCGAAGGAUAAAGACAACACUCUCAAUAUCAUGAACUCUGCUGUAGCCUUUCACCGUCCGCAGUCUCCGUCCUCCCGUGUAGAUGAAGAGCUUAUGCAGAAAAGCUCAAGAGCUGUCAACUCUACCACCGAUCCGCUCGAGAAACUGCGUCUCCUAUGCUUGUCGCGCGGUGCGUCAGGCAUCGUCGGACUUGGAAGGGUGUUCCGAAGGAUGGAUGAUGAUGGCAGCAAACAGCUGAACAAAGAAGAGUUCCUAAAUGGCAUCAAAGAGACUGGCUUAGAGCUUCCCCAAGAGGAUGCAGACGAAUUGUUUGACAAAUUCGACACCGACAAAAGUGGAUCGAUUAGUCUCGAUGAAUUCUUAAGGCAGAUUCGACCACCGAUGUCUGACUCCCGUCGAGCUAUAGUGGAACAGGCCUUCAAGAAGCUGGACAAAACUGGGGAUGGCGCUAUCAGUAUUGAAGAUGUCCGAAAAGUUUACGCAGCCACGGCGUACCCUAGAUACAUGAGUGGCGAGGAAACGGCAGACGUGAUCUUGAAGAGAUUCCUUGCCAACUUUGAAACUGAGGGCGUAGUAGAUGGAAAAAUAACAUUGGAAGAAUUCAUGAACUACUACAGUGGUAUAAGCGUGUCUAUCGACAACGACUGCUAUUUCGACCUGAUGAUGCGUCAGGCCUACAAGCUGUAACUUUAUAAAAGUCAACACUCUCCAAUGCGUCCGUACUCCAGCACAGCUCUUUCAGACAUUAUGGUCUUAUAAGCUAAGGGCCCAAAGUCUAAGAAAUUUUGUCUCAAUUUUUAUUACCGACUAAAACGGCAUCUAUUGACGACAUGGUUUUCCAGUAUUGCAACUAGAUGGCACUGUUAUGAUUUCAUACAAAUCGUGUAAACUCUCAGGCAAUCGAAUAGGUUGAAAACUCGGUGGUUUAUGAAUUGCAAAAAGUACUAAUUAAAAAGCUAUCAUUAAAAUAUGUGCAACAAAUAGUCAAAGAAGUUGGUUUGCAGCAGCAUGUUCUGAUCGGCAAUGCAUUUUUUUAAAUAAUUGCAGAGUAUUUUUUUUCUUUUAAUAUAUUUUUUAUUAAAUCGGCACACAAAAUACAUGCUUACCUGGUGGGAGUACACCAGGGGAAUUUUUAUUUAGUUUCAAAUUUAUAAUAAGCGUUUUUUUCAAUUUAUUUUUUCUUUCAUUACUACUUUUUUAGAUUAAUAAACCACUGACCCGCAAUUGUAACAGCAUCAAUGUAUAUGAGAAUACACAAAACAGUACGUAAGUACCGACCUAGAACAGUCUUUCGGAGGAAAAACGGAAGAAACUCAAUAAAAAUCAAAGACUUGUGGCCCAUUAUCUCACUUGCUGAUUAUUACUUAUUUACUUUUUCUUUCACAAUAUACGAUUUUAGCGGCUACGCUCCAACUACGUUCAAGUGAAGAAAACAAAAAAAAAACACUAAAAUCGUUUCAAGCUUACGAGAAGAAUAAAUAAUGUUUUAAAGUGCUGUGUAAGAGUUAUGGCCAUUUCUUAUUUGUCUUGCUUUCACACAUAAUAUGCACUGAACGAGUGGUAGAGACAAAACAAUGUUGUGUUGUUUAAAAGCGCACUGCUUUCUUGUUUAAUGUUGUUAUUAGAAUUAAUAAUUAUUUUAUUUACUAAAUUCUAGAUGAUAUUUGCAUUUAAAUAAAUAUG